AUGACUUUUGGAGAUCGACCUCGACCGAAAUGGGCUCAAAAUCGAUGUGUGAAAGGUAAACCGAACGGUCUUCGUGAAAGAGCAGCUCAAUUGAUGGUACAAGUUCCAAUCAAGAAAACACCUCAAACAAGCGAUGAUGAAAAACCGAAUCACUGGUAUGAGGCGGCGAAGAAGUUCUGCGGAAUCGCCACCAUUCACGGUCCUCUAUUAGCCUAUCGAGCUGAGGCGACUCAACGUUAUUUCUGGCAUUUAAUCAUGGUUGCUUGUGUGCUUCUCCUCGUCACUCAAACGUAUCUAAUUGUUGAUGAUUUUCUAGAGAAACCCGUCAUUUCAGAGGUUUCUUUUAAAACCUCAGAAACAGGUCUUCAAUUCCCGCUCGUCACUGUUUGCAAUUACAACUCGAUAAAGCAAAGUUACAUCCAGAAAUUGAACGAAACGAAGAAAUUCACGCACUCUGUCCUUAACUAUUUGAUGCAAUCGAGUGCAGAAUUGCAAUCGUUUUAUGGGACAGCUGAUGUAAAAGAUCUCGAAAAGGGUCACGCUGAAUAUCUUCUUUUUAUCAAUCAAGAAAAUAUCACUUUUGAUAUAAAAACGUUUUUUGAGGAGGGAGGCUACAAUUGUGAAGAUAUUUUCAAGAUUUGCUCAUUUGCUGGCCAAAUUUUCGAUUGUUGUCACCACACACAACCAACAAUGACAUCAUUGGGAAAAUGCUUCACAAUUGACUUGAGUUUGGAGGGAUUUCACCGGAAACAGCUUUCCCCUGGAGAGUACAAUGGCCUUCAUUUGAUCUUGGACUCUCAACUCGAUGAAGUGCACUCACACAAAUGCAAUGAAACCGAUCCAGUGUUCAUGAAUGCUUUUGAAAAUGGAUUUCGAUACUAUGUUCACGAUCGCCGAAUGAUCUCUUUCAUCACAACAGAGGGGAUUUCUGUGAGCCCGGGCAGUCGUGUCUAUUCGAGUAUUGAAAUUGAUAAGUUCAUUCGCCUCCCUUCAUGGGAUUGGGGUCGUUGCACGGACGAGUGGCUCUUCAAACCGCCACCCAAUUUGCCGUAUUCUCGGAAAAAUUGCAAAGUUCUUUGCCAUGCAAGACAUUUCAAUGAGAUUUGCGGUUGUGCUCCUUACGUUUACAAUACGCUGAAUGUGUUCGAGACAUGCGCUCCACUCGAUUUGUACAAAUGUUUGCAAAGAAAUGUUAAUUAUGAUCAUGCUGGCACAAUCGAGUUGUCGAAUCGUUGCUCUGAUUGUCAAAUGGAAUGUGAAAAUCACGAGUAUCAUGCUUACAACUCGUAUGGAUUUGGAUUCAGCAAAGGAGCACAGAAAUGGUUGCGCGGUCGAAACAAGACAUGGACUGGGAAAUAUGUGAGGGAAAAUUUCGUGAUGGUGAGCUUAUUCUAUCGAGAUCUCUCUUAUACUCUCUUCAGCGAGGUCAAGGGGAAUUGCAUCUCAGCCGUUUUGAGUCAAAUCGGUGGCACGAUGGGUUUAUGCUUUGGAAUGUCGUUGAUCUCACUGGCCGAAGUCAAAAAUACAAUCUUUGGAAAAGAGAAUAGCUCAAUUGUAAAGGAUCAAUCUCAAAUCUCAAAUAUUCAAAGCACUAUUGCAAAUAAUAAAGUUUCAUUCACGAUUUCCAUUGAAACCAGUGAGCGACCAGUGGAAAAUACACCGACAAUGCCAAAAUAUCGUCCAAAGUUCUAUUGUCCAAUUGCGGCGGCCAAGGAAAAGAAU